UCCCCGCCUCUUUUACUACAUAACCAGACAAAUCACUCUUACACAACGUAACAGUGGUCAGAACGCAAAGGUAUUUAUUGCUGUUCAGUCAGGCGUAUUUGUGUUAAUAUGUCAAUAUACAGGAACGCCAUUUGGUUUGUGAAAGGACUGCAGGAAUACACAAAGUGUGGCUAUGAGUCUGCAGCCAAGCAUUUCACCCCAGGAGACCUGGAUGUGAAUGUGAGUGGGAGGUCCUACAUGAUAACAGGUGCCAACAGUGGGAUAGGAAAAGCCACAGCACAGGAGAUAGCCAACAGAGGGGGAACCAUUCACAUGGUGUGUCGAAACCAAGAGCGAGCAGAUGCAGCCAAAAAUGAAAUAGUUGAACAGAGUAAAAACCAGAAUGUUCACGUCCAUAUUGUUGACAUGUCCAACAUGAGGCAAGUGUGGGAGUUUGCCCAAAACUUCUCACAGAACAACACGCUUCAUGUGUUGAUCAACAAUGCAGGCUGUAUGGUCAACCAGAGGGAGGUCACGGACGAGGGACUGGAAAAAAACUUUGCAACAAAUACACUUGGUACAUAUGUCCUCACCACAGCCCUGAUACCAGCACUGAAGAAGGUCGAAGAUCCCAGAGUGAUCACGGUGGCAUCAGGUGGGAUGCUCACUCAGAGGCUGAAUGUGGACGACCUGCAGUUUGAGAAGGGGACGUUUGACGGAACCAUGGCCUACGCUCAGAACAAAAGGCAGCAGGUGGUGCUGACCGAGAGAUGGGCCUCUGAACACAAAGACAUCCACUUCUCCUCCAUGCACCCCGGCUGGGCAGACACACCAGCGGUCCGGACCUCGAUGCCCUCCUUCCACGCUAAGAUGCAGUCCAGGCUGCGGACCGAAGCCAUGGGGGCCGACACCACUUUGUGGCUGGCUGUGUCUGCUGCCGCCAUCAAGCAGCCGAGUGGACUCUUCUUCCAGGAUCGUAAGGCCGUGGCGACUCACCUGCCUCUGGCCUCCUCCAGGUCCACACCACAGGAGGAGGAGAAGCUUCUGACGGCACUGGAGGAGUUGGCCCUCAAAUUCAAGCCUUAAGUCUUCACAGAAAUGACUUGACAUUUUGUAAAUAAAACUAGCACUACUCACCAAUUAUUAUUGAUGUUUACAUUUUUUCAACAAUUUUUGACAUUUUUCAACAGAAACCUUAAAGUUAUGAGUAAUGUUCACAGUUGAUUUAAAGAAGGAUCAAAUUUGUGAAGCUUUUAUCUACUGUCAAGGUUGGAAAGAAACAAAGGACACAGCUUUGCUCACACAAUAAUUGACACACUCUGUUUAAAAUGAAAUUCUAUGUAACUGAUCUCAGGUCUGUCUUCAUGUGAUUAUAAUGUAUUAUAAAAUGUUGUAUAUGUCACUGUAAGUGUUUAAUAAAUAUGUACUUCUCUUCA